AUGCCACCUCUUCCUUCGACCGCGCAAUCUCUCACAAAUCGCCUGAACACCCUCUCCGAAUCCAACAAAGCCCUUCUGCAGCUCGUCCAGCGUUUAUCCAAAUUAGACUUCCAGCCCGGAUCGGUGCCGCUAAGCUCCGAAGAGGGCGAUGUGCGGUUGGAGCUUAGUGCUGAGAUCCAUGAGAGCUUGAAACAACUUGAAGACGAGCUUGAGCUUCUGAGGCAGGAGGUUGAGGACGUUGUUCAGGGAACUGGAGUAAAUAGCAGGAGAAGAGAUAGCGUGCGGGAGAGUGGGAAGAGUAGGCUUGCGGUGCUGCUUGCAAGGGUGUCAGAGGAUUUGAAAUCUUCACGAUCCCAAUUCCGUAAAGCCCAGCUAACAGCCAAACGAAACGCCGACCACGCGAAAGCCAAAGAACGGGAACUCCUUUUCUCAAAUCUCCAAUCCGGCUCCCCAACCCCAUCGUCUACCCACCGCCGCAGAACCGCAAACUCCCAGCUCUCCGCCGACGAACUCAUCGUAGGCACCGCAUCAGAUGUUACAGCAGGCCUUCGUCGCACCCACCAAUUGAUGCAAACGGAGCUCUCUCGUUCAAGAUUUGCCCAAGAAACGCUCGAACAGUCCACAGCCGCGCUUGCAGACCUAGGGGAGAAGUAUACGGAUUUGAAUACGCUUCUGGCGAAUAGUAAGACGCUGGUGAACACUCUGCUGAAGAGCCGGAAGAGUGAUACCUGGUAUCUGGAAACUGCCUUUUAUAUUCUGAUCACGACUAUUGUCUGGUUGAUCUUUCGAAGGUGGUUGUACGGGCCGCUGUGGUGGUUCGUCUGGAUUCCUCUUAAGCUCCUCUAUAAGUUCACCUUCGCCGUCUUCGCCGUCGUGGGUCUCACGAGCGGGAAUUCGAGCGUAUCGGUCCAGGAACAGGCGAGCACAAGCUUAAUUGUCAAGCCCAGUGCAUCAGGCGGAAUCCCAAAACGCAUAAUCGACUCCAACGAACCUCCCCAUUACGUCCGUGUCGGCGGAGGAGGUCGAGGGUGGGGCUACGAUCCUAGUCCACCUGAGAGUGUAUCUCAGCAGGUCGGCCAAAUGGCGGAACAGGAUCAGCAACAUCAGGAUGUGGAGGAACAUCCUCAGCUGAGGGAACGGGGACAACAAGCUGAAGAGGAUAACUUGCCGGUAGUGAGGGGGGAUGGCACGGUGUUGCAUGAGUCAGAUAAGCCGAGGAAUCCGAAGAAGAGGAUUUGGGAGGAGAAUGUGGAGAGUGCGAAACAGGAGCAGACGGAUUCCGAGAAGGUGGAGCAGGCGAUAGGGCAAGGACAGGAGGAAAAACAGAGUGGUGGGCAUAGGAAGAGGGAUGAGCUGUAAUACUCGUAUGAUAGCUGGCCGUAUGAUCAUCGAAAUAGUGUGUUAAUAUCCAUGAUUAUCCUCAUCGUAUCUUCGCAUACAUUCUC